CGGCCCUCGCUGAAAUCGGGGGAGGGGGAGAACUCUGUGGGGGCAAAAAUCUUUCCUUUUCGCCAUCUUAGGGUUUUCUUUAUAAAAGGGAAGAAGAGGGAAACGGGCGGCUAAUACCAUGGGCUACGGCGCGAUGGCUAACGGUGCUUCCGUUCCUGCCUUGAUCUCGCGCGACGCCGCCAAGAAAAAGAGGACGAAUCGCUCGGCGAAGUUGAAGCAGUGCAAGCUUGAUGUGCGCCGCGAGCAGUGGCUUUCUCAAGUCAGGAGCAAGGAUGAUUGCAAGAUUUUGAGCACGGCCGCCUCUUCUCCUGUCGACCAUUCGCCGCGGCCUCGGGCUGAUGAGAACGACGCGAAGACGAGGAUCAGAGAAGAAGAUGCGACCACGCAUGGGAGCGGUGAUUCGGACUUCCCAAAUCCCCACGUUUCCCGGGGUAACAGAACGAGUAUAAGCAGCGGAAGCAGCAUGGAGUCCAGCUCACCAAGUGUCAGCGAUGACGACGAGGAGGCAGCGGGUCAGGCAAGGGGCGAAAGCGGGGUCCUUGAUGAUUGGGAGGCGGUUGCCGAUGCCUUGUCAGAAGCCAAUGAUUGCGACAACCACGACCCGGAUCCUGUAGUGCCGGCGGCUGUUCAGCCUGCUGCUUCUGCUGGCAUGCCAAAUGAGCCUCCUCGUGAUGGGGGCACCACUAAGCGGGAGCCCAUCCGGAGCACCUCCAGAGCUUGGAGGCCGGACGAUGCGUCUCGGCCCCGGAGCCUUCCUAGUAUCUCGAAGCAGUGGAGCUUCCCAUCUAACACACAACGGCACGGCUGGGCUUCCCAACAGAAGGGCAUCCUUUCAUUUCCGUGCCCGCGCCCGUGCCCGUGCCCUAUCUGUUAUGAGGACUUGGAUUCCACGGACUCGAGCUUCUUCCCCUGUUCGUGCGGUUUCCGUCUCUGCCUCUUCUGCCACAAGAGGAUCCUCGAGGCCGAUGGGCGUUGCCCUGGUUGCAGGAAACAAUACGACAACACGUCGGGUGGAGCGCUGGUCAUGAAUACUAUUGGCACACCGCCAAUUCCACCGUGGUUGUCCCGUUCUUUUAGCAUGAGUUCAAGAUCUUGGAACAGGGAACAUUAGAUAUGCAAGUUGCUAUUAGUGUCUAACUAUUUGAGAAAAUCUUGAUCUUUCAAAUAGAAUGAUUUGUGAAUAUGAAUCAGAAUCUGUACAAUGGUAUCAAAAAGGAACUCGAGUCUUUGAGUUGCUAUUUAUAAAGAUCUAUAGUCAUAUGUGUCAGUGUCAAGAACCUCUGUUGAUACUGUGGAGGACAUGAAUAACAGUUAUAUUAAACUGCCAGAAUUUGAUAACCAAUGUUAUUGUUUAAGCUCGUUCAGUCAUUUGUUCUCUGUUAAUAUUAAUGUUAAUGUUAUCAAACCCUGUGUUCUCUGUUCA